AUACACAUCAGGAGAAGUGCGGCUGUGGGACACUCGCACCUGGGACUACACAGCCCCCAUCCUGGAACCGAUGCACGGUCCUGGUGAUGCUGGACCUCAGCCACGUGUCUCCUUUGUGAGGAUAAACAGCUCUCUGGCUGUAGCAGCUUACGAGGACGGAACCAUUAGCGUAUGGAGCCUGAUGUUCGGGCGGGAGCCAGUCCAUCGUUACCAGCACAACCAGAGGAUACAGGCUUUAGCUCUUGCUUCAGAGGGUGCGACGGUAGCAACGGCAUCUGGCUUCGAGGUCAAAGUGGAAAGCCCUGAUGACAAGGGAUUCUGGCAAACUACAGAAACAUUUGAAAUCCAGAAACUGGUCAACUUCCUUAAUCUGGUUCCAGAUGUUAUGGGGAGCCCAGUGACAGUAGCAGCUGCAGAAGACGUUGUCUAUCUCCUGAAAGCAGAAGAUCCUGGCAAAGUCCUCCAUUCUGUCUAUGGUCAGCCUGUCACGUGCCUUGACGUAUCUGCUCGUGAAGCAGCCUUUGGGGUCAAAACCUUUGGCUGGUUAUUGAAUGAGCCCAACCAGGUUCUUCUUUACAAUCUGGAAACAAGUCAGUGUCUGCAGAAGAUGGGCAACUCGAUAGGUGACUUUACGUGUGUCAACCUCCAGAGCAGUCCUCCAAACAUGCUUGUUACAGGCAAUAAGGACAGAAGGGUCAGGGUGUUUGAUCUCCGCAAGAGUGAAUCUUUGUGCUCCCUCUAUGCCCACCAGUUAGGAGUGUCUGCAGUCCAGAUGGAUGACUGGAAGAUCGUCAGUGGAGGAGAAGAGGGCUUGGUCUGCGUGUGGGACCAGCGGAUGGGCACCAAACUCUGGGAAAUGCAUGCCAGACAUCCAGUCCGCCACGUGUGGUUUAAUUCUCAUAGCCUCAUCACUGCAAACGUCCCUGAUGAGAAAACUCCCCGAGGCGCCAGCAUCAUGGACGAUGACCUUACCGUGCACUGCAAGCAUCGAGGAACCAUUUAUGCCUACGAGUUCUCAGUGGACCAGCUGGCUGUGGAAAGCAUCCUUCCUAUCUGUCGCUCUUCCUACGAUGAAGUGACUGGUUACAACUACAACAUUGGCCUCGCAGUUCCCUAUGAUAACAUUUAGGGAACUCACUUUGCU